AUGUCCACCAUCCGCUUCACCUGCCAGCGCUGCUACCAGCCCCUGAAGCUCUCUCAGUCCUCGGAGACCUUGGGCCUUGACACCAGCCGGGAAGCCGCCGCCGCAAGUCUCCCCUCGGCUCCCGGGGAGCCCGGAAAAACUCCAGAGGAAGGACCUACCUCCGCAGGGGAGACAGAUGUUGAAAAGCGACAAGAUGGUGCCUCCGGCGGGCCCAUCCCUGGCGAUGGCAGGCUGUGCUGGCUUGUCCCCAGCAUCUUCACCCUUCUUGGGAAGCUGGGCCCUGGGAGAACUCUCCACAGCAUCCAGAAGUCCGUUCAGGGCACUUUCGACAUCCUUUCCGGUGAAGAAGAUCUGGACCAGCCUCUAUGCCAGGACUGCACGGACAACCUCUUGGAGCAUCUGGACACCCAGCUCAGGAUCUCGGAAGCUGACGGUCAGAGCUACAAACGCGGUUUGGAGGCCGGGGAGAGGGUCGGUGAGGAUGACAGGGAGACACUGCAGGAGGAGCUGAGGGCCGCGGAGCUGGAGGAAGCGAGGCUGGUCCGGGAGCUGGAGGAGGUGGAGAAGAGCCGAGAGCGGGCAGCGAGGUCUCUGGCGGCGGCCCAGGCAGAGACCGCGGUGCUGGGCCAGCAGGAAAGCCAGUACCGGAGGGACUGCAGUGCGCUGCAGUGGCAACAGCUGGAACUGUUUGACGAGCUGAGGAGCGUGGAGAACCAGCUGCACUGCGCCCAGACCCAGCUGGCCCGGCUGGAGAGAACCAACGCCCUGAGGUCAGCGUUUGACAUCCGCAAUGACGGCCCGGUGGCCCUUAUCAAUAACUUCAGGCUGGGCUGCCUCCGCGCCGUCCCCGUGAGCUGGAACGAGGUCAACGCCGCCUGGGGACAGGCAGCCUUGCUGCUCCUGGCCCUGUCGAACAAGGUCGGCUUGCAGUUUCGGAGGUUCCGGCUCAUCCCCUGCGGAAGCCGGUCCCACCUGAAGUACUUAAGCAAGAGCUCCGUGGAGCUGCCCUUGUUCUGUGACCAGGGGCAGAGCGGUCCCUUGUUCAGCAAGUUUGACCACGCGAUGAUGGCUUUCCUGGACUGCAUGCAGCAGUUCAAGAAAGAAGCCGAGAAAGGCGAGGGGCCGGGCCUGUGCAUGCCCUGCCGGAUGCACGUGGCGGAGGGCCUGAUACAGGAGCCUGGGGCUGGCGGGGAAGCCUAUUCCAUCAGAACCUACCCGAACACGCAGGAGCGGUGGAGCAAGGCCCUCCGGCUCGUGCUCACCAAUCUCAAGUGCAGCCUCGACUGGGUCUCGCUAAAGUAUUGUCCAAAAUAA